GAUGUCAAAAUAUGUCAAAUAUUGAACAAUAAAAAUAAAAAAAAGAACGACAGCCAUCCGUGUUGAUCGAAUUAGUUGGUUUAUGUUUGUUCCAAUAAGGAUGUCAGAAUUAUGCUUACGUUGAUUUAUUUCGGACUUUUUCUGAUAACAAUUUCGAUUCCGACAUCCAGUGAAAUCGAGCUAAAUUGCAAUGAACUUCGUGUGGGUCAGUUUCUCUGUCCUGAUCCGAAUACCAAUCACAUAGACGCCAAAACACAACAGCCCAUAAACUGCAAUGAAAAAAACACGGCAAAAGUUUGGUGCAUUGCUGCCGAUGGCAUUGUCUGCAGUCAAACAAAGAAUUCCAGCUUCUUAGGGGAAAUUCCGUGUCAAUGGACAAAUGGAUACUAUUUCGACACGGCGCUUUUGUUGUCAGUGUUUCUGGGCAUGUUUGGCAUCGACAGAUUCUACCUCGGAUAUUAUGGCAUCGGUUUGAUGAAAUUUUGUACGCUGGGCUUCAUGUUCAUCGGUCAGUUAAUCGAUGUGGUUUUGAUUGCUACCCAAGCGGUCGGACCAGCCGAUGGAUCCGCAUACAUAAUACCAUAUUUUGGACCGGGCAUUUCUGUGAUACGAAGUGAUAAUUUGACUUACCGACGGCCACAGCCGGACUGGUGAUUUCUUUAGUAUUGAAAUUGUCGCCCCCAAAGACGAUUCCGAUCGAAUCGAACAAUAAACGCAUGCACGGCAAUAAAACUCCGGUAAUUUAUUGAAA